AUGUCAAUCUUCACCGCUUCCUCAACUGCACCCGUCAAUAUAGCGACCUUGAAGUACUGGGGAAAGCGCGACACUCUCUUGAACUUGCCCACGAACUCAUCGAUCUCAGUUACUCUCUCUCAGAAUGAUUUGAGAACUUUGACCACAGCCGCAGCCAGCGAAGCUUUCGAAAAAGACCAAUUAUGGUUGAACGGCAAGUUAGAAUCUUUGGACUCCGUCAGAACUCAAGCGUGUCUUGCAGAUUUGAGAAGAUUGAGAGCUGAAGUCGAGACAAGCGACGCUUCUUUGCCAAAAUUGUCUCAAUUCAAGUUACACAUCGUUUCCGAGAACAAUUUCCCAACAGCUGCUGGAUUGGCCUCGUCGGCUGCUGGAUUCGCUGCUUUGGUCAGUGCCAUUGCCAAGUUGUACAAGUUACCUCAGAACAUGUCAGAGUUGUCCAAAAUUGCCAGAAAGGGUUCGGGAUCUGCUUGUAGAUCAUUGUUUGGAGGAUUUGUCGCUUGGGAAAUGGGCGAACUAGAAAACGGCGAAGACUCCAAAGCUGUUGAAGUAGCACCUUUGUCGCAUUGGCCAACCAUGAAGGCUGCAAUUUUGGUGGUUAGUGAUGACAAGAAAGAUACUCCUAGUACGUCGGGAAUGCAACAGACUGUGGCUACGUCCGAUUUGUUCCAACACAGAAUUACCGAAGUUGUGCCAAAGCGUUUUGAAGAAAUGAAACGUGCCAUCGCGGCUAAUGACUUCGAGACGUUUGGCGAAUUAACGAUGAAGGACUCCAACUCUUUUCACGCUGUUUGUUUGGACUCAUACCCUCCUAUCUUCUACUUGAACGAUACUUCAAAGCAGAUCAUUAAGUUAGUACACAGGUUGAACGAACAAGAAGGUAAGAUCAUUGCUGCAUACACCUUUGACGCUGGUCCCAAUGCUGUCAUCUACUACGAUGAAGUCAACGAAGCAAAAGUGUUGGGCUUGCUCUACUCCUACUUCGGUGCUGUUGGAGGAUGGGAAAAGCAUGAAGAAGUCGCUGCCUAUAAGAAGGUAACUAUUGAUGGCACCAAUCCCGACAUUUACAAGGGUAUUUCUAGAAUCAUCUUGACCAGUAUCGGCACUGGUCCUCAGGAGACUGAAGAAUCGUUGAUCAAUGCUGACGGUACUCCAAAAGUAGCAUAAUGAUAGAGUAGAUAGCUAAUAAAUAAUAUUCGUGUAUGUCUGUCAC